GACGAGGAGACAGAGGAUGAAGACGAUCUCGAUGCACCUUGUCAAAGAGCUGCGCAGCCCGAGGUCUUUCCCCAGCAUGAUUCUAGUACAAGUCGAACGUUAUCGUACGGGCGAGCAUCAUCACAGUCCCAACAGGUAACAGAUAACCGAGCUCAAGAUGUCCAAUUAUCUUCAGGGCAACAACUCAGGAUACCAGGAGGGAAAAUCUCAGAGCAUCCACAGCAACGUUCAGAUGAAGUUGCUCACGAAAGCAGAGAGGCGAGAGUAGUACCUCCGAGCUCGACUCACCAAGCAGAUCCGGAUGCAGGUGACUUUGCAGGCAGACUACGGUCACAAACUCCUGGGCUUGAUUCAAAUUCUGUGAAGGCAGAGCUGUUCAACUCUUCGCCAGCAAAGCCUGAUCAGCCUAGACGCAAGCUUGGCGCAUUUGGACGUAAGACGCGAAGCUCUCCAACACCAGAUCGAGAGCCAGUCGCAGACUCAACGCCCGGGCAUGGCCAAGGUUUGGACAAUCUGGAGCGCGAUGCGACGAUGCCCUUCUCUCAGCCAGCUGAUGCUGAUCACGCUUCACAUGGAAGAACGAAGCCUCGAGUUGGCAUAUUUGGCAGCAGGAGACAAAAUGAGUCUCAGAAUGCGCAGGCAGAUGCUGAUGCAGCUAUUGAAAGCUCUCAAAAGUCUCCGCUAGAGACGGAGGAGGCUUCACCAGUUCAUCACAUGACAGAGACUGAGGAUAGGCAGUCUCGAACGCAAGUCAGGUCAGAGAAGGUAGAGCAGCAGGGGCGAGAGGAGUCGGAAGAACGUGCAAAUAUACGGCGGGAGAAGCUGAAGCGGGAUAUUGCAGAGAAGAGCAGAGAGCCGGUGAAGAAGAAGAAGCGGAAGUUCUGAUUUUGGAUGAGUGAAAUCGGCUCCUGCUUCACCAGUGGAGACUGGAACGGCUGACCGGAGUUGUUCCAGCAGCUUCCCGUACAAACGGCGUACAACGCGUGCUUGCCACGCGAUCAAACUUUCGCUGUUUCCACACUGCACUCGAGCAAUCGCGAUCAUCCCCUCUCCCACGACCGACACGUACGACAGGUACAUACCCGACACGACAGACACACCGCCCGACACAUCUUUCCGCUCGAUUACGACAUUGAGGUAGCUCUGGCAGCAGAAUCAAUGUCGGCGCUGCAUCAGUCAUGUGCCAAUAUAGGUAUUAUUACUACGCCGGCUGCCGCCACCAGCGCACAGUUCUAUCCAAGUGUUGCGCCCACGCGAAGUCAACAGCGAUCGCACUCGCAGCCCAGCAACGCGACCCGGGCGCUCCUGUCAAGGCAGAAGAGUUCGAGAACGACGGGGAGGAAAGCGCGCACGAUGAAGCAGCGAGCGCGAGUUCUCGUCCUGCGCUGUCAACAAGAGAUUCGGGCAUUACUACACUGUCUUCCUGUCCGGACACACCACCAGACUCGGACAUCGCACAUCACACCUCAGCAUCGAUCCCAGAAUUGAAUUCCGAGGUCACAUCUUUACACAGGCCUCACUCCACCUGCAGUCGGCGACGCAAAGUGGUAGCCAUCGACGACAUGGCCGCUGAUGUCGGAACCUCUUUCACCAAGCCGAGUUGGGGACAGCCAAAUCAGCGGAUGACUGGUGCACCGAAUACUGAUCUCAGUUGGGCAGUGGUUGAUCGCAAGGAAAACAUCGCUCACAAGACACAUGCACCAUCACAGACACAGACACAAACGCGUCUAGCUCACCAGCAGAAUGAUCAGAGCUAUCACUUCACUGAGCAUACGUGGCACGCGGCUUCCACUCAGCCUUCAGACCAUGGUUUCUCCCAAGACCGCAAAGUCCUGGAUCUGGGUCGUGAAUUUGCCGAUAUGCAGGCCCAGUUGAAAGUGGCACAGGAAGAGUUGGCACGUCUCCACGCAGGAGAGGCUCAACGUCAAAGCGCGAUCGAUACGGCGGCCAGUGUAGAUGAAAGUGGCCCAUCUGGACCAUACUGCCACUCGGGCGCCUCUCCUGCUGCCCUGCUGUUACGUGAACACGAAAAGGCAACAUUGCAACAGUCGUGCCAGUCAGAUUUUGCCAUGCAUGAUAAACCACAGCCACUGCACAGCGGCCUCGACUUUCCCGGACUACUGGAUUUACACUGCACACAAAGCAAGACCCCGGAAGGACCUGCCACGACACCUCGAAAGCCAUCAUAUGCAAACAUGGCUACUCAGGGCAUGUUGAACGCAAUUGGUCAGAACUUCCCAUCCUCGACAGGAUCUAGCCGUGGUCCAAAUACUUCGAACGAUUCUACAUAUGCGCACACGGGCUGCAGCUGUACUGCGUCUCACACAUCUACCGAUGCCACGACGGACGCGGAAGUGGGUAACGACAGUGCCGUUGUAUCGCCACGAAGCCCAGAUGACUGUUCGCCCGGCCUGGAUCCUGUAUCGACAUUAAAGAGUCACAGAGCGACGAAGUUUUCGCCUCGCUUUGCUCAACCUACCGUUGCUUUCACUCGUCGCGCCGACGAGACGAUUCGCAAGGAUUCUUUCCUCGGUGUAGGCAAGACGGGUUCGAUGAAGAAGCCAUCGACGAUGUGCUCACCUCACCAGAAGCAACAGAAGCGCAAGUCGCUCCCAGGGGACUGGUUCGGGCAACCUUCCGAGCCAGCGUGUCCUUCCGCGCAGACUAGCAGCGAGAACCACAGUUUCGAGCACGUGAAUGGUUUCCAUGGAUGCCCGGAACCUACAUUGCGCAAAAAGACCAGCACGUACAUGUCACCGACCAAGGCUGCGACUCGCCGUACAAUCGCCACUAUCGGACACGAUUCUGCCACACCUUCUCCGCCACGGCUGCCUCGCAACCUCGCGAAGCUCGCUCUCAACACUGAUAUUACUUCGUGCUCUGACAUCUCGAAGACCAGCUCUCCGACCUCACCAGAGACGGCUAUUGAGACCGAAAAUGUAUCCCUUCGCGGAAUUCAGAUCCAACCGCGUAUGAGCGAGAAGCUGGAUGUGUCGAGACCACGCCGUCUGCCUGUCAAUGGUGCCCUUGCUGGGCCCCAGCGAUUGCGCCCAAACACAUUCGCCUCGGGUCUGCUCGCUGCACAAGCCAAGGCAGCUGGGCUCCCCAUGCCAGCCAACACUACCGCACAACGCAGAGGCUCGCAUGGUCACUUACUCAUUCCAAUCAAGGCGAAGCUGGACAGGAUUGGUAUUUUGAAAGAGAAUCCACGGCCUGCCAACGUGCGGCGGGGGUCCGAGCUACUCAGUCCGAUUUCCCAGAGCAGUGAGUCCGAGCUUUUCAGUCCUCUGACACGAUCCAUAUGUGCCGCCCAAGCAGCAGCAUUGCCCGAGACACAGCACAUGUCGCAAUGCACAGAGGCUCCACAAAAGCCCAAGAAAGCUGUGCCACCACAUGUUCGAGCGGCCAUUAGGGAUGCUACCGCUGCUGCGGAGGCUGCUGGUGCUACCCAUGCACCGUCUCUCAGAGCUACGGCACAGGAAUUUAGACCGAUGUUUGACCUUGCACCAGCACCUCAGCUCGGCCUCGCACCACGGCAAGCUCAUAUGGCAGACCAAGCGAUCGCGCAACCAUUGCUGGAGCCCAAACAGCACGGACUCGAUAAGUCGCCGUUCCAGAUUUCUCCAGGAAUUAGCUUCCCUCAGGCGCAACUCCAGGAUCCCAACUCGCUGGUGCAUCGGUCACAAGGUUCGGAGUCUGGGUUCAAUCGUCUACCACGUACAUCGAUGCUACGCAGCUUCACUACGGCAACUGCGUCUCUGCCCUUUGUGACCGAUGAGGAUGCCAAGAAGUUCUACGACGAAGAAGAGUGGUCAAGUCUGACCUCGUACGACAGAAAGCGCAUCCUCGAGAGGCGCGAAGCACUCCGAUAUCAGGAACAGGCCAGAAGCCAUCCAUUUUCGGGCUUUCCAGAGACCCUGGUCGCGCAGCCCAUCGCUGUACAGGGCGGCCACGUUCUACUACCAAGUGUUGACCCAAUAACCAAAGUUGUAAGCUGGACACUUGACAAUAAGGAUCCUAUGAGCUUGGGUAGUCUGCUGCCCACAGAUCCGCAAUUUGCAGUGGAUCACAUACAACAGACGCCGAGCUUCAGAGUUCCAAGAACUCCAGAUCUUGUGCCACGCUCCUGGACCGUCGGUUCAGAGCAAGCUCGACAGGUCUUUGGAUGGAAAGGCGGUGAUGGCCGCGAGAUCAAGUUUGUCGGUCAUGGUCCUGACGCAGAACGUGAGCCUCAUCACGGCGUCCGCUUCAAUUACCAGAGAAGAAUGACCAGCAUGGGCAGAGGUCCACGCAUGAUUGGCGAGGACAUGGAAGAUGGCUCACCGGAGGUUCCCCUUGCGCCACGUGGACGGCGUCAAUGGGCGCAGCUUGCGGGAUCUCCACAACAGCCCUGCGACAGGAUGGAUAUCGUGGAUGCGGUCGAGCAGAUUCCUAUACCGUUUGGGCCGGCUUUGCAUGGAUUCUGCGAUGGCUGCGCUGUCAACAGCCAUUAAGCUAGGCAUUGGCUGAUCUUGCGAACGGUUUCCUCAUUUGCGAGCAUUGGUUGUAUUGUUUGCGACAGACUUUGUGGGAACUAUCACAGUGCUUGGUACAGCCAGCGCAUCAUGGAUGAGAAGCAUGCGCUUCAGGUGUUUGGUCAUGAUGAAAAGGAUGGCGAAUUUUUGGUGGGUAUUGUUGUUGUUGUUGUUGCGAGCUGGCUAGACUCAGCUUCACCUCAUCGUUCAGGAGCAGUGCUUCGAUAGCUUACGAUCAACAGAAUGGGUAGAUGGUUCUGAUACAAAUGCACCGGAUGCUUGUUUUGGCGCAGCUGGUGCAUCACCGAGAUGGCCCUAAUUCACGGAUGUUGUUGUAGUUUGCCCACCAAUGGCGGAAGAAUCAUGGCCUUCACGCCGUGAGAUGGAAACUGCGGGGAUGCGUACAGGACAC